AUGAAGCUUUCACUCGUCACCCUCCUCUCCGUCAGCGCCCUGGUUUCGGCUGCUCCCUAUGCUGAGCCAGAGCCUGUCCUCGAUCAGCGCCAGACGCAGAGCAUCAACGCUGCCUUCAAGGCAAAGGGCAAGAAGUACUUUGGUACAAUCGCCGAUGGCCGUCUCAACUCAGGAAAGAAUGCCCAGGUCAUCACGGCAAACUUUGGUCAGAUCACCCCCGAGAACUCCAUGAAGUGGGAUGCCACUGAGCCCUCCAAGGGCAACUUCAACUUCGGCACUGCCGACGCGACCGCCAAGUUCGCAAAGGACAACGGUCUUCUCCUCCGUGGACACACAACCGUGUGGCACUCCCAGCUUCCGUCCUAUGUCUCUCAGAUUAACGACAAGGCUACCUUGACAUCUGUUAUGCAGAACCACAUCUCCAAGGUCAUGGGCCACUACAAGGGCCAAGUUUACGCCUGGGACGUCAUCAACGAGAUGUUCGACGAGAGCGGUGGCUUCCGUUCCAGCGUCUUCUACAACGUCCUCGGCGAGGACUUUGUUCGCAUUGCUUUCGAGGCGGCCAAGGCUGCUGACCCCAGCGCGAAGCGUUACAUCAACGACUACAACCUGGACAACGCCAACUACGCUAAGACCAAGGGUCUUGCCAGCAAGGUCAAGCAGUGGAUCGGCAAGGGCUGGCCUAUUGACGGUAUCGGUUCGCAGUCUCACUUGAGCUCUGGCCAGGGUGCCGGUUCCGGCGCUGCCAUGGCUCUCCUUUGCGGGUCUGCUCCCGAGUGUGCCAUCACCGAGCUUGACAUUGGCAACGCCCAGCAAUCCGACUGGUCCAACGUCGUCAAGGCCUGCCUCAACCAGAAGAACUGCGUUGGUAUCACCGUCUGGGGUACCCGUGACACCGACUCCUGGAGGCCCAACGGCAGCCCCCUGCUGUUCGAUGCCAACUACAACCCCAAGCCUGCCUACAACACCAUCCUGGCUGCCCUCAAGUAAGCGCCAGACGCUACGUGAACUGCUGUGCAGACACUUCUGUAUAUAUCUUGCGGAAGGGAACAAGGAAGAUUGGUUUGAGGAUAUUUUCUGUAAAUACUUUUUUAUUGGGGAGAGUUGUGUACAUACAUACGUAUCCAAGAGUUACGUCAGUC